AAUUGUAAUUAAUGAUUCUUAAUAAUUUCAAUAGUAACACGAAGUAACGUGAAAUAAAGUCUCUAGCUUUUCUUGGCCGGUUUUAAAGAGGAGUUUGCGCAUGUGUAAAAUGGUGGGAGAUUAUAAGCAGCUGAUAUUUAAGUAAUUCGUUGUUAAUAGCUCAGUCGUCUGUUUAUCGAGAACCGAUUCAAAGCCACCUGUGUCGUUACUAUAUAUAGUGAAACAAACGAAGUAUAUUGAUAUUAACAAUUUUGUUUGGUACAAUAAACAUGCUUCUUAAGGCGUGUACAAGAACAAUAAAUAUUUUUGGGAGAUCAAAAAAAUCAAUUCAUAUAGCAGCAUAUCGUUUUACGAAGGAACCGAAGAUCAGCGAAGAAUAUUCGGAUUUAGCAAGGAUCAAUGAUCUUGUCGAUGAUCCGAUGGAUCUUUUCAAAUCGUGGCAUGAAGAGUCAAGAAAAUAUUUACGAAAUAUGCUAGAUAUUUUUUGCCUGGCAACGUCCUCUAUAGACAAUAAAAUUGCGGCAAGAAAUGUAGUACUCAGAGAAUUUGAUAACAAGGGUUUCGUAAUAGUCACUGAUCAACGAAGUAGAAAAGCCUCAGAGUUGGAUAGUGUACCACGAGCUGCUGCAUGUUUUGUAUGGUGUUACAUAGAUGAUAAAGGACAAAACAUUGUCAGACAGGUACGAGCUGAGGGUACAGUAAAAAAAUUAGAACCGAUAGAAUUUAAACAUCUUUACGACAGAGAGCCACUUUUUUGCAAGAUUCGAUCUCAUUUGUGUCAUCAAGGUCGCGUAAUUGAUUGGGAUGAUUUGAAAUGCCGACAUGAUGAAAUUUUAAAGGAAUAUCAAAGCGGCAAGAAUACUCUGCCAAUGCCGGAACAUUUCAUCGGAUAUAAAUUGAUACCAACAAUGAUAGAAUUUUACUACGCGAAGGACGAUCUUAUCGGGGAUAGAAUGCAAUAUACCAAAAACACUUCGAUCGAUGGAUGGGAACAAAGAAGAUUGGCCGCUUAAUAUUAAAAAUUACAAACAUGUUUGAUUAUUUAUUUUCUAAAUAAGGAAUCCUUAUAAUAGUUAAAUUUUAUUGAAUAAAAUAAAACAAAUUUCUAUGUCUUCUGAUUCAA